UGGAAAGUGGAUGAUUUUCCUCUCUUUCUUUCAAGACUCUCUGCAUAGCCUUUGCCUUUUUCUCUCUAUCUUUUUCUGCCUCUUAAUUUCUCAAUGGAUACUACUCAGUGGCCACAGGGCAUAGGACUGGCGAAACCAAUUGAAACGCCGAAGCCAGCUGCAGCCCUAGAAAAGAAGCCAAGACCGCAAAAAGAGCAAGCUUUGAACUGUCCGAGAUGCAAUUCUACCAACACCAAGUUUUGUUACUACAACAAUUAUAGUCUCACUCAGCCAAGAUACUUCUGCAAGACUUGUCGGAGGUACUGGACCGAAGGGGGCACUUUACGAAAUGUGCCAGUUGGAGGAGGAUCCAGGAAAAACAAAAGAUCAUCAUCCAGUACUACUUCAGUUUCGUCAUUACCACCAGCUUCAUCAUCAGAAAAUAAGAAGCUUCCGGAUCUGAGUCAUCUUACCAGUACCGCACCUGGUUUUUCUCAAAACCCUAAGACUCCUGAGGGCCAAGACCUAAAUCUAACUUAUCCCCCCGUACGAAACUACAGUGCCAGUUUAUCCGGCCUCAUGCAGUUGCCUAAUUUUAACGAAAACAAAAACCUUGAUCCCCAUCUCGGUAAUAUUUCAUCAUCCAUAUCCCAUGUGCCUGCAGCAGGCCUAGAGUUUCUGAAGAGUACUAGCGGAAUAUCUACAGGGGGUUUCAGCUCUUUACUGUCGAUGCCUCUUUCUGAUUCUAACGCAAUCUACUCAUCUUCUCAACAACUCCCUAUGCAAGAAUUUAAGCCAAAGCUCAGUUUUUCUCUGGAUGGUUUUGACAACAACGGCACUGAUUAUGGAAGUCUACAUGGGGUUCAAGUUGCAGAAAAUAAUAAUAGCUCAAGACUCUUUCUUCCUUACGAGGAAUUGAAGCCACUCUCCUCGGUGACUUGCGACCAGUAUAACGAGCAUCAGCAGAAUAGAGGGCAGGAGGGAGAAUCUGCUCCUAAUGGAUACUGGAGCGGGAUGUUAGGUGGAGACUCGUGGUAAAUCGUAGCAGUCAAUGCCUGAAAGAAGUAAAGAGUAAUCAAAAGGUGGUGCCUUCAUGAUCCCUUAUUUAAUCUCAACUGUUUAGUGACUUAUUCAGCUGUUCGAAGUGUGCUAUCAAAUGAACUAACAGAUAGAGGCAUCUUCUUCUUUUCCUUUAUUUUUUUUUUGGGAUUGGGGAAGGAGGGGGUGUUCUCUUUGUCAUCAUCUUGUCCUUCUUUCUGUGGUUUCUCUUUUUUGUUUUUCAUUUUUUUUGAUCUGUUCUUUUUUUUGGCCUAUGCUACUAUUAAAUUGCUCUGAGUUUUCAUCAUGAUGAUAAGA